GGUAAGCGGAUCACGGAUGGGCGAUUUCUCCAGGAACAAGGUGCAACAGAACAGGAAAUGCCCACUGACGUUACAUAACUGCGACUCCUACCUACCUGCCUGCUCUGUUUGGUUGAGUUUGUACAAACUUCACUUUGCUUGCUGCUCCUACUCCUCCACUCUCUCUACUACACUCUGCUAGUUACGACCGCCGUGAGCUUUGAAGAAGGGGUUCGCAUACACAGCAGAAGAUCGCGCAGCCGCCGACCCCGACCCCGACACACGGACACGACACAUCGCCUCCUCUCCGCUUCCCCGGCUUUGGCACAUCCGAACCUUCACUCUACAUACUACCUACGCCCUGCGUUACUCCACCAACCACAAACCACAAACCACCUGAAACUCUGCACCAACCACCAAAGGCAACCGCAACAACUGGAUAGAGCAUCUGCUUCUCGUGCACGCUCCUUGUCUUACGCUCCAGCCCACAGCUCGCUCCUUUCAAGCCAAAAAAAAAGAUGUCCUCACCAGUGCGAACACCCUCGACAAUUUCGCGCUCGACCUCGUCGUCGUCAUUCGUCGUCGCCGCGCACCACCACAACCAGUCGUCAGCAUCGGAAGACGAGGAGGACCACAACACCCCGUCGACAUCGACAUCGUCGUCGCCGCGAAGCCGCUCGCCCAUACCAAAGAGCCGCCGGGACUUCCUGGCACCCCCAAAGAACACAUGGCGCACCCUGUCGAGGUCCCCGAGUCCGCUGGGGCUCAUCCCGAUUCAUCGGACGUUCUCGAAGUUUAUCCAUAAACACGAAGUGCCGCGCAAAGUCCUCCACGUCUCGAUCGGGUUCCUCGCGAUCUACCUCUACCGCAGCGGGUACCAGCCGAGCACGCUCGUCCCGCCGUUGACGGCGACUCUGAUCCCAGUGGCGACCGCCGACCUCCUCCGCUUCUACAGCGACUCGUUCAACAAGCUGUACAUCCGAUUCCUCGGGGCGCUGAUGCGGGAGAGCGAGGUGCGCGGCUGGAACGGGGUGGUAUGGUACCUCGUGGGGACGAUCACGGUCCUCGCCGUGUUCCCGAAGGACGUCGCUACGCUCAGCAUCCUGCUGCUAUCGUGGUGCGACACCGCCGCAAGCACGUUCGGCCGCGCGUGGGGUCGCCACACCCCCCGGAUCCGCGCGGGGAAGAGUCUUGCCGGCAGCCUGGCCGCCGCCGUCGUCGGCGCGGUCAGCGCUGCCGCUUGGUGGGGCAUCAUCGUCCCGACUACCCAGGCGUAUCCGGAUGAUCCUGUGGGAGGCGUCAUGUGGGGUGGCAGGCUGGCGCUGGGAGGCAUAGAGGUCUCCGGCGGCGUGGCGCUCGCGGCGAUUAGUGUGCUCACUGGGAUCGUGGCCAGCGCGAGCGAGGUCCUGGAUGCGUGGGGCCUCGAUGAUAACGUGGUUAUUCCCGUUGUCAGCGCGGUCGGUAUCUGGGGGCUGCUGAAGGUGUUCGGGUAGAUCUUACGCAAAAUAACUGGCUUUUCGUUGAUACUUCUGCUUUUCUGAUUCUGAUUCUGAUUCUCUGCUAUGUCGUCGUUCCUCUUCAUUCGUUUGGGUCUACCAUGUAUUACAUACCAUCUUCAUCUUCAUGUAUUUGUUUUUCACUUUGUUGGGGGCGGGGACGGGGG